AUGUUAAUUAACAAUAAUACAUUAAACUAAAAGAUUAAAAUCACAAAUAAUGAGAAUAAAAACAAUUAGGAAAGUUAUUUUAAAUAAGAUAAAGAAAAUUAUUAUAACUAAUGGGAAUUAAAAUUAAAAUAGAGGGAAAAUUAGGUAUUUAAAUCAGUCAUAUAUAGUUUAGUUAGAAUAAAAAUAUAAAGAAUUAAAGAAUUACUCUAAAAAAUUGAAGGUUAAGAGUGAUGAACUUUUGAAAUAAAAAUUAGAAUUAGGAGAUAAAAUAGAAAAAUAUAAUAGACUUUUAGAAUAGAUAAUCUAAGUUUAAAUGACAGAUAGAUAGAUCAAUAGAACAGGUUCAUUAACACCAAAUAAUAAUAAAAUAAGAACAAAUAAAAUUGGAAUUAAUGAAUGUUAACAAAGAGUUGCAAAUUUAUUACAAAAAAUUAGACAUACUAGUAAGACUAAUUUAAAAACUCAAUAAUAUUCUUAUUUUGGAAAUAAUUCUGAUUAUGAAGAAAUAUUAUUUAGUAAAAGAUAAAAUCAUUCUACUUCUUUUACAGGAAUUAUGAAUUUAAGUGCAUAAGAUUAAAUUCAUUAAUAACAGUAAUAAUUAUAACAAUAAAAAUAAUAUGAAAUUUAAUAAUAGGAAGAAAUAAAUUAAAAAUCAAGUUUGCUUUGUUGUGAAAAUGAGUUAAUGAAUCAUUAAUUUAAAUUGUAAUAAAUGGAGACUAAUUAAAUGCAAUUUUAUUCGAAAGUAUAUGAAGAAAUGAAUAAAUUAAAGUAAUAAAUUUGA